UGUAUUUGCCGGUCUGAGUCUGCGCGGUAGAGGCGGAUAAGAGUGACCUGUCAUAGUCGGAGUUAAAAGGAGGGAUGCUUCAUUUUUCUUUCACUUUGCUCGCCUGUGUCAGGGAACGAUUUUGACAUUUGUCAUCGGUUUGUUCCGGCCUGCUGUAGCUCCCUGGUGGCGGUCGCGCGCACACGUCAUCCACGUUUUCCGCUGUUUGCUUGUUGUGGACAGCACUUCCUACUAGAUCACGAUCAUCAUGGCUGGGCCCGCCGCAUCAGAGAACCAGAACUUCUGCUUUAAGGAGGAGCUGGACGCUUUUAAGUUGAGCUUGUCACCCACUAAGGAGGUGAUUCUCGAGCAUUACUUGGCUGGAUGGAGUGGGCUUGUCAAGUUUCUGAACCGCCUGGGGAACGUCUUCGGCUUCAUCUCCAAGGACGCCAGCAGCAAGAUCCAGAUCCUGAGAAACUUUCUGAACGGUGAAAGCGGCUCCGAAUAUUUCACCGUGCAGUCCAUGGUGAAAUACGAGCUGGAGAACAAGCUGGUGGACCUGAAGAAGGCGGGCAGCCACCCAGAGUCGGGCUGCCGCACUCUGCUGAGGCUCCACCGCGCUCUGAGGUGGCUGGAGCUGUUUUUGGAGCGCCUGCGCACCAGCCAGGAGGACGGAAAGACUUCCGCCAUGUGUGCAGAGUCGUACAACGAGUCUCUGGCCCAAUUCCACCCUUGGGUGGUCCGUAAGGCUGCGGGACUGGCGUUCUGCAUGCUGCCGGGGCGGCUGGCAUUCUUCGAAGUCAUGAACGUCGGUACCCCUGAUCAGGUUGUCGCCAUGCUCGGGGAGGCGCUGCCGGUUGUCACUGAGGUGUACCAGAUCACACAGGAACUCUAUGCAAAACACGAUUUGCUUGAUAUCCCAUAGAGAGGACGAUGAAUCCGAUCCCAAAAACAUCCGUCAAAGGCCGGUGGAGCCUGCUGCUACUCCUGUUUGAUGCAGGACCGUUUGAAACCACUAAAACUCCUCUGAAGCUCGUCUGCAUUUAACGGAACUUUAAAUUAUCUUUUAAAUUCUUUCCUUGAAAAUUGAUUUGGGUUUAGAAUUUCUCAGAUGAGACUUGAAACUGUGCAUAAAGUAUUCUUCAUAAGGUGAAAGCUGAUGACAUUUGAUGUGUAGUAAUAGAAGAUAAAUCAUUUGAGGUAAUUUAUUCAGAAAGUGAAAAUCUGUUUUUAAAUGGUAAAACGAUAACAUUUUAGAAAUGUCAGUCUCACAAUGAUGUAAAUAAAGGGUUAUUCUUUAUAAAUUUGAAUGUAUUUCAUUAAUAAAUGUUACUUUUUCUGUCUUUAAUCCUAAUGAAUAAAAAUAAAUUGAAGUUAUAGAAAAA